AUGUCGCUCCCUGAGAAUAUUCUGAUUGUUGGCGGAGGAGUAUUUGGAUUAUCUACGGCUUUGUCCCUUUCAAGGCGCCAUCCCAAGAGCAAAAUCACCCUCCUCGAAGCCUCACCCACGAUCCCCAACCCUCACGGCUCCUCCGUCGACAGCAGUCGCAUCAUUCGCGCCGAUUAUUCCCAUCCCACUUACGCAAAGCUCGCCUCUGAAGCCGUUGACCUCUGGCGCACCACAGAAUGGGGUUAUGAUGGCCGGUAUACUCAGAACGGACUGCUCCUCGUCUACCCCACCGGCGACUCCACGGCCAAGGACUACACCACCAAAUCUUACCACAAUGUCAAGCAGCUCGGCGAGAAUGCUCAGUUCCUGCCCACGAAGGCGGACGUGCUAAAUGCGGCCCCGGCGUACGGCGAGACACUUCAAGUCGCAGGCGGAUACGUGAACUGGAGCUCCGGCUGGGCAGACGCAGAGGCCGGUGUCCGCUUCGCAAAGCAGAAGCUCGACAAGGAGGGCAAAGUGCGCUUUGUGCACGGCGAGGUCUCGCGCCUACUUUUCUCUCCUGAGGACAACCGCACCGUCACUGGCGUUGUCUAUGACCAGGACAAGACCAUAACCGCGGACCUGGUCAUCCUCGCAACAGGCGCAUGGACAGCCGGACUGGUCGACCUCCGCGGCCGCACCGUCUCAACCGGCCAGGCAAUUGCCUACAUGCGCAUCUCCGACGAUGAGCAGCGCCGCCUCGAGCACAUGCCCACAAUCCUCAACUUCGCAACAGGCAUCUUCAUCAUCCCGCCGCGCAACAACACCCUCAAGAUCGCCCGACACGCUUACGGCUACCACAACCCCAAGACCGUCCCUGUCCCCGGCGCAUUACCAACGGGGGAGACAAUGCAAGUCAGCCUGCCCGAACGGGGCGUCCCCAUCCCGCUCGAGGGCGAGACCGCAUUCCGCACAGCCCUGAAGCAACUCCUCCCUACCUUUGCGGACCGUCCGUUCAUCGACACCCGGAUCUGCUGGUACACUGACACCCCGAAAGGCGAUUUCAUUAUCACCCCACACCCAUCGCACCCGCACCUCUUCCUUGCAACCGGCGGCAGCGGCCAUGGCUACAAGUUCUUCCCGCUCCUCGGUGAGAAAAUCGUCGAUGCGCUGGAGGGUAAUCUCGCGCCAGAGCUGGCGGAACUCUGGGCAUGGCCGGAAGCCGUUGAUGAGGAUAGCUUUGACGGGACGGAGGACGGAAGUCGUUCCGGGGAGAAGCGGUUGCUACUUGUAGAUGAGCUGGCGAAGGGAAAUAAGGCAAAGCGCGGAAGUGCCUUAUAA